GAGAAAUCGCUCACCACGCUCAUCAUGCAUACAUUCUCAGGACCAAACCCCAUUCCUACCGAGGUCAUCAUCAACAUAUUCGGGGAACUUUCUCUCCCGGAUGCGCUCCACUUGGCCGCGACUUGCCGUCGGCUGCGCCAGGUCUUGAGUGAACAUACGCCUACCAUUUACAAACGCCUACGCAGAAAGAUCCCAUGUGAGCGCUACGCAAGAGUCCUACUAGCAGAUCAAGGAGGCCUGGCACUUUAUUCUUCUUCAGUGACUAUUCGGGAUCUUUUACGAUUGAGACGCAACUCUCGUAUGGUGGAGAAAGCAAUCGAGCUGUUUGAUCGUGAUAUUACCCCAAAUAUUCGGAUCCCUCUCACGAGCAUCGAUGACGAAUUCUACGGAGGAAAACCACGUCCGUUGCAUUUACUUCCAUCAGAACGUCAUCGGUUCACUCGAAGCUACUACCAAUUUUGGAGUCUUUUACUUCUCGAUCGACCAUCUCGACAACAGCGAUAUCAGAGGAUGUUGCUCAAGCACCUAUACAUGGUAUAUGAAAUGGUUGAUCUGAACCAGCUAAUUGGCGAUGAAUUGGUAUCUUCCUUUGCUGAUGAGAAACGAUGCGAACUCUCUCAAGAACUAACCGACUAUCUCCAUUAUCUCUACUAUGAUAUUCAUGGAGUUGACUACAUCAAUUUCUCAGGGCACAGCAUUUCUAUGCGUACGCGAGGUCAUGCAGCUAUAUGGGAUCAUUGCCAGCCUGAUUUCAAGAAAAUCGUUUGCUACCAGUGGCGAGAUCCAGAGAAGAAACCUGUCAAGGAGGAAGAGGUGUGGGAGCAUACAACUGAUGAGGAAUGAAUUCAUGUUUCGAUUGUUCGGAUGGUUGCCAAUCUAGGAGCUGUUAGAGGUACCUAGGACUUUCAACAAUUUAGCCGCACUUCCUAGCCUAGCUCGUAUGUUCCUCAAAGGCUAU